GCACGUUCCCUGGCAAUAGCCACUCAGAGCCCCCACACCAAACUACAAGUAGCUGUUAGAUUCAAGCACACGAAAUACCACCACCUGGCAACUGUCGGCAGCCACCGCCAUCGCCGCCGCCACAGCCACCGCUUCCGCUAGCUCAUAUAUACUCACAGUCUCUUUCUCUCUUUAGAGAGAGAAGAGGAGAAGAAGAAGAAGAAGUAGAAAAGAGUGAAUCCUAGAUUGAGAAAGAGGACUGUAGAGAGAGAUAGAGAGAGAGAGAGAGAGAGAGAGUGUGUGUGUGUGUGUGUGUGCGUGUGCGCGUGUUUGAAUUUGGGAAUCGAAAAUGUCAAUGUUGGUCCAAGAUCGUUCGGCCGCCCCCAAUCCCAAAUCCCCCAAAACCCAGAACCGGCAUCUGCCGACAAUCCACCCGAGCCGCUUCUCGGAGUCCAAAAGCCUCGAUUUCUCCACAUGGCUCUCCGACAACCUCUACAAGGUCUUCGCCGUCGUGCUCCUCGUCGUCACCGUCGCCGCCGUUUUCUUCCUCCGCAGCGCCGGCGACACCGCCGCGCUCCUCUGCUUCGAGUCCCAGUCCCAUCAGCUGGACAAGAUCGCUUUCCCGAAGGUCAAUUGGAAUUCGAUCCAGCCCCUCGCCGACAAGACCACGCCCUACGCGAAUUUCCGAUCGGAGAAUUGGAUCGUUGUGGGCGUCUCGGAUUACCCCUCCGAUUCGCUUCGGAGGCUUCUGAAGAUCAAAGGCUGGCAAGUGCUUGCAAUUGGGGAUUCCAAGACGCCCAAAGAUUGGAGCCUCAAAGGUACAAUAUUUCUCUCACUGGAGCAGCAAUCCCAAUUAGGGUUUAAGAUUCUUGAUUACUUGCCCUAUGAUUCGUAUGUUAGAAAGACUGUUGGUUAUUUGUUUGCAAUCCAACAUGGUGCCAAGAAAAUCUUUGACGCCGAUGAUCGUGGUGAGGUGAUUGAUGAUGAUAUUGGGAAACAUUUUGAUGUAGAAUUGAUUGGGGAGGGUGCUAGGCAGGAGGUUAUAUUGCAGUACAGUCAUGAGAACCCGAAUAGGACUGUUGUGAACCCGUAUAUCCAUUUCGGGCAACGAUCUGUUUGGCCUAGGGGUUUGCCAUUGGAAAAUGUAGGUGAAAUUGGGCAUGAAGAGUAUUACACUGAGGUUUUUGGUGGGAGGCAGUUUAUACAGCAGGGAAUUUCGAAUGGCCUUCCUGAUGUUGAUUCUGUGUUUUAUUUUACACGGAAGCCAGCUUUGGAGGCGUUUGAUAUUAGGUUUGAUGAGCAUGCUCUGAAAGUGGCAUUGCCACAGGGCAUAAUGGCGCCAGUUAAUUCUUUCAAUACGAUGUACCACACUUCGGCAUUUUGGGGUUUGAUGCUGCCUGUAUCUGUCAGUACUAUGGCUUCAGAUGUAUUGAGGGGUUAUUGGGCACAAAGGAUUUUGUGGGAAAUUGGUGGCUAUCUUGUUGUUUAUCCUCCUACCGCCCAUCGGUAUGAUAGAAUUGAAGCGUACCCCUUCUCAGAAGAGAAAGAUCUCCACGUGAAUGUAGGUCGUUUAGUUAAGUUCUUGGUUUCGUGGAGAUCGGGAAAGCAUGGAUUGUUUGAGAAGAUCUUGGAAUUGAGCUAUGCCAUGGCAGAGGAGGGGUUCUGGACUGAGAGAGAUGUGAAGUUUACUGCUGCUUGGCUUCAGGACUUGCUUUCUGUUAGGUAUCAGCAGCCUAGGCUAAUGUCACUUGAAUUGGACCGCCCUCGGGCAAAUAUCGGUCAUGGUGAUAGGAAGGAGUUUGUGCCUCAAAAAUUGCCUUCUGUCCACCUUGGGGUCGAGGAAACUGGUACUGUGAAUUAUGAGAUUGGAAAUUUGAUCCGGUGGAGGAAGAAUUUUGGAAACGUGGUGCUUAUAAUGUUUUGCAGUGGAUCUGUUGAACGUACUGCAUUGGAAUGGAGAUUGCUUUAUGGCAGGAUAUUCAAAACUGUAGUUAUUUUGUCACAGCAAAAGAAUGUAGAUCUUGCUGUUGAAGAAGGCCACUUGGACAAUCUUUACAAGCAGCUGCCAAUUAUAUUUAAAAGAUACAGCAGUGCCGAAGGAUUUUUAUUCCUUCAGGAUGAUACAAUUAUUAAUUACUGGAACCUGCUGCAAGCCGACAAGACUAAACUUUGGAUCACUGACAAGGUGUCCAAGUCUUGGACUACUGUGAAAACUGAGGGGAACUCAGAGUGGUUUACUAAACAAGCAGACAUGGUUAAGAAGGUUGUGAGCUCAAUGCCAGUUCAUUUUCAAGUCAGCUACAAGGGAUCUAUGACGAGUGACGGCAACCUUACAGUUUGCAAUUCAGAAGUAUUUUUCGUUCCUCGGCGCUUUGUAGCUGAUUUUGUGGACCUUGUAAAUCUAGUGGGGCAUCUGGAUAUCCAUCAGAAGGUUGCAGUACCCAUGUUCUUUUUAGCAAUGGACUCGCCCCAGAAUUUUGACUCGGUGUUGGGGACGAUGAUCUAUGAGCAAAAACCGCCCUCUAAUUCAUCGACCUACUAUUCUGCUGAAGUACCUGCGAUUCAUCCAUGGACCAUAUCCAGCGAGCAGGACUUCAUAAAGCUGAUCAGAAUCAUGGGAGCAGGUGAUCCACUCCUAAUGGAGUUAGUUUAAGAAAAAAGAAAAAAACUUGUACCAUUUUGCAGACACUGUUGAAUGAAAUUCUACAUUUUUUUGUAUCAUUCUCUCUGAAGGGGGGCGUCUUUGUAGAUCUUUGCUGUAUGAUCAUACUGAUCAGAUCAACUCCCAGAAAAACAAGACAGGAAGGAAGGAGAAAUUUUGUCAGUUUGUCUUUUGUCAUUUUGCUUACUGCAAGUGUAAGAAAAUUUCCUUGUCUCUGACUCUGUAUAUUCAGUGUUUCUGCUUCAUACAAGUGAAAUUGAUAGCUUCUUAGCUAGAUCUUGCUCUUGUAU